AUGGCACGCAAACUGAGCCACCAGAGGGUCGCUUAUGUACUCCCUCUCCCCGAUGCCCCCGGUGGGCACCGGUUGGGGGUUAAUGGCCUGACCGUUGACCGUCAGAACUCCAUCCUGUUCUCCGCGCAGAAUGAAACAGCUUUUAAUGUAGAUGAGUUUCUCAGGUAUUCAGCAGGCCGUGAUGGUGUCAUAUGCUCGUGGGACGUCGAUUUUCCUAAAAAAUCCCUCCAUUCCUCAAAUCCCUACGCUGAUGCCAAUCGAAAGCCGGACCCAACUCGACUCAAGACUCAAGUCCAAGCGCACAGCCAUUGGAUCAACGAUAUCGUGCUGACCCAUGGCAACACCGCUCUCGUCUCUGCCUCGUCUGAUACAACCGUGCGACUCUGGCGCCCACAUUCUGAAUGUACUGGCGUCCCCGAGCGCAUCGGCAAGCAUUCGGACUAUGUGAAGGCUCUCGCUAGCCCCGGUAGCCAUUCCAAUUGGGUAGCAUCCGGCGGCCUCGAUCAUAAGCUCUACUUGUGGGAUCUUGACGGCGGAGGCGAAAUUAUGAGUGUGAAUGUCUGUGGUGAUGAAACGACCGAGAAAGGAUCGAUCUACGCCUUAGACGCAGUCUCGUCGGUGAUCGCCAGUGGAGGGCCAGAAAACGUCGUCCGAGUUUGGGAUCCUAAGUCCGGGAAGCUAAUCACCAAGUUUGUCGGCCAUACGGAUAACAUUCGAGAUAUACUCAUCAAUCAAUCUGGGGAUAAAAUCAUGACAGCCUCAUCGGAUCAAACUAUCAAGGUGUGGUCGCUGACCGCGGGGCGCUGCAUGAACACCCUAACUAUGCAUAACGACAGUGUCUGGUCUCUCUACUCAGAUCAUCCAGAUCUUUCCGUCUUCUACUCCAGUGAUCGCUCGGGCUUAGUGGCCAAGACAGAUACACGCGGCUCGCCAGACAUCGAACAAGGCACUUGCGUUGCAGCUUUGCAGGAGCACGAAGGCGUUUUGAAGGUUGUGGCUGCUGAUGAUUUUAUUUGGACCGCUACGCCCAAGUCAAGUAUCAACCGCUGGGGAAAUGUCGAUACCACACUUGACAUUGAAUCACCCCCUCCGUCAUCUCGAGUCAUCGACUCGACCGUAGCUUCGCCAACUGUCGCGACAAACAAACCGAAGGUUAUUCCAUUCAAUUCAGUUUUGCCGCUGUCUGCGACAUCCUCUCUACCAGGACGAGCUUCUUCCCCGGAACCACAUUUAGAGACUGAUGAGACCAUCUCGGUCCACUCAUUACCAGUGGAGACGAUCGAGGGACAGCAUGGACUGAUCAAGUGCUUGAUGUUGAACGAUCGAAAGAGAACCCUUACCCAAGAUACGGCUGGUGACGUUGUCUUGUGGGAUUUGCUCAAGUGUAUUCCCGUACAAACUUUUGGCAAGCGACAUAUCGAGGAUGUAGCGGAUGAGCUCAAUACCGGCGAAACUAUUUCUCACUGGUGUACUAUUGACAUUCGCACCGGCAGGUUAUCAGUCAUUCUGGAACCCAAUCGUUGCUUUGAUGCCGAGGUCUACGCAGACGAGGCUGGACUGUCAGAGGAUGAACUCUCGCAGUUCCCCGAUGAUAACCGAAUAAAUAUCGGCAAAUGGAUCUUGCGUUGGCUUUUCGCUCCAAUAGUCGACGAAGAAGUUCGACGCGAUAUCGAGUAUCGUGAAAAUGCUGUGGCCAGAGCUGAGGAACUCGCCAAGUUGAAUGCUUCGGGCACCUCAGCACCUGAUGAUAUCCCUCGUAGUCUUGGAAUUCCUAUCUUCUCCGAUCCUUUCAAGCCUACCUUGCGACCUGGUAUGGACGUCACGGGAAGUCCUAGUACUCCUGGUGGCUGGGGAAUCAACCUCGGCACUCCGUCAUCGGCGAACUAUCUGAGUACAUCGAUUCAGAGUGGUCUUUCUCCAUUCCCGACUCUUGACGUGGCAACACCUGGUUCACAACAACCAAACAAUGAAGAAGUUUCCUCUUCAUUCUCCGAGAAAGCUUUUGACUAUUUCUCUUCUAGAACGCAGCUCGAUAACGAAAAAGCACUCAUGUCGCCAUCCGAUGUCAACUCAAAUGGCGUUCAGUCUCCGGUCGAGCCUGAUACACAGGAGCGCAAGCGAACCGGGUCGAUAUUCGGAAAGAAGUUCAAGCUGGACAUCAAGAAGCUGGGACGAACAUCUACAGAUGCGAAGCCCCAGAUUCAAGAAGAGAAAGUUGAAGAGUCAGAAGUCUCCUCUGUCAAAGAGAAGGUGUAUGAGCCCAAUGUCAUUGGCGUAAUUGAUCGUAUUCACGAUGAAUACGAUGAAUUUUUGACGGCAAAUCCGAAUCAGGAACUUAGGACUGCAAUUACCCCCAGUCUUGAGAGCGAGACUCCUCGACUUGAGAUUCCGUCUCGAGUUGCUGUUUUCAUCCAGGAGGAAACUGGCGAUACUGCCGUAGCUUCUGAUCUGUAUCAAGGCAGCGUUGGCAGCAUUGGUCAAGAUUCAGAGCUGAUUAAACAGUCGAUUCCUCACUGGCUUGGUGAAAUGCUACUAAGGAACCAAAUUCCAUUCAAGGAACAGGUUAAGAUAGCUUUCAUUUUGAAGCCACUUGAUGACGCUUUACCACCAAUUGCCAAGCCUGAACCUGCUCCUCUCUACGGAGCUCCACCGCCGCCCCUUGCUAACAAUAACAACAACUCGCGUCUCAAUGCCAACCGUAUGCUUCGUACCAAGAAGAUCCUGGCUUAUGUAGCUGAGCGCAUUGAUCCACCCAACCCGGACGAGCCCGAGGCAGAUGUCAUGCCAGCAGAGGAGUACCUGGAACUUUACUGCCAGAACAUAAUAUGCCCGCCUAAGAUGACUCUGGCUACAAUCCGCACACACCUCUGGCGUACAUCUGGAGAUAUGGUUCUCUACUACAAAGCAAACGGCAAGAAGGAGAUUCGAUCAACCUCAUCCGAGGCAACCAAUAACGAGAACCAUUUCGCCACUAACGAAUCAGCCACUGAGAGUAGCGCCGCUCAGGGCAGCAUUCACUCAAUGACCAAUUCCGGGUCAAUGUCCGGAUCAGUCAUUACUUAA